ACUUCCUGGUCAGCAUCAGCUCCCUAUUUACAUUGUGAUGAGAAAAGAAAACAAGUCGUUAUUGUUCGUUUAGCAUCCACACACGGUCUCUUUUUUACAGAUACUCUUUCUAAAGGCAACAGAUCGACACAUACGAUGUCAAAUUCAGUUACAUUUCAAACGCAGCUAGCCUCCAUUAUGGAGGUACUGGCAAAUGCGGCCGUGGCUGAAAUAUGCGAACUCGUUGACAAUGGCUAUGCCGUACUGCAUUUAGAAAUAACGCGAAGUCAGAAGGAGAAUGAGGUAUUAAAAAGAAAAAUGCGUCUGAUGGAGCUUAAAGUUGCCCGUGCGUCUGCACUAAGAACAGCGGGAAUAGGAAGCUCAAUUUUUGCAAGCAGUCGAGCUCGAGCAAAUCUUGUGAAUGAUUCGAAAAGGACUCCAAGCUAGGCACAAUUUCGGAGAAACGCUGAUUCCCAUUUUGCCUCCCCUGGCACCAGUUGUAUGGAUGAUGACCCUUCUGAUGACGGGCAGACCGCCAAACAAAAAAAGGGGGUCUCAAUCACCCAAUCUGCGGCACUAACUGGGGUGAAGCCCAAACCACUAGUCAUAAAAGUGGAGAGGACUGAUGAUAUCUGGGAGAACUCUGACCAACCGGAAAGAGAGAGUCAUGGCACUGUUGGAGGACCAAUAGAUUCCAUAGUACACUCGGAAGCUGCUCAGGCAAUCAGCAAACUGGAAAUAAUGGGGCAAAGUAGUGCAAGCUCUUGCGUUUGGUCGAGUGGUGACACGAAGAAAACGCUAUUUUCUGAACCUAAAAACCUAAAUGCCAACAAAAGGUCUCAAAGCGCAGACUUGGAAACUGGUGAUGGUCUACCGAUAAUAGAUCCAGUUCCUUUUGACUGUAUGUUAUAUGAGCCCCACAGUCAACAUGGGUCCCAUAGUACACAUACAUUGACUGAGGAUCCAGGGUGCUCGUAUUCUUUAAAAAUGAGUGUGAAUUCCGGAACGGCUCACUCUGAUUCGAGCAACGAUUUCCAUUUUGCUGUCGAUGAGGUAAGUCGCUCUAUAGCUGAGCACCAACAGCCUGCAAGUUACAGAGACAACAGACAGAGGGAGCCCUUGUCUGCAGAAGAAACCCAGAUGACCGUCAGAGAUGACAUGGACACUGGACCCAGUGCCUUCAUGGUCGACGAUGACUGGGUUUCCCAUAACAGUUCUAGCAGUGUCCCUAAUUACAACAGUGACGGCUUGGAAAAGCUGUUCAUUUGUAGUUUCUGCGGAAAGACUCUGGCUUGUCUCAAGAACCUGAAAACUCACAUGCGGGUUCACACAGGAGAGAAGCCGUUCAGCUGCACGCAGUGCGGGAAACGCUUCUCGGACUCCAGCAACCUCAAGCGUCACCAGAGCGUUCAUACGGGAGAGAGACGCUAUGGUUGCAUGCACUGUGGGAAACGUUUUGCACAGUCGGGUUCCCUCAAAGUACAUAUGAGCGUACAUACAGGCUGUAAGCAGUUCAAGUGCCCGCACUGCGGCAAGACUUUCAUUUCUGCCAAUCAUCUCAGGAGACAUGUCACUGUCCAUGAAGGGGAAAAACAUUUGCCAACCACUUUUCAGUGACAUUUACAUUACAUUUAUGCAUUUAGCAGACGCUUUUAUCCAAAGCGACUUCCAAGAGAGAGUUUUACAAAAGUGCAUAGGUCACUGAUCAUAACAACGAGAUAGCCCCAAACAUUUCAUAACCUUGUCACCAUUGAAACUCGUUAGGUCAACAAUGCCCAAAGCACAUCAACUUCUAACCACUUGCCAAACAAGUGGUUAGAAGUUGAAAAUCCAGAUGAAAAUCAUAACCAUGUCAACCCAGCAUCCACACAGACCCAAUCUGCCUUAAAAUCAAAAUACCAAUUUGGUUUUAUGGUUCUUGGCAACCUCCAAUGAUCCCCAAGGUUUUAAUUUUACAUGAUAAAGUUAGUGUGUAUUGGGUUCAAGAGGUUUACUAAGUGAAAAUAGUACUGUGGCAUGGUUUCAUUUGGCAGUUCCAAUCUU